AGACUCUACUCUUCACCCUCAUGGCCAGCGGGAAUCCUGGCCCAAGUUCACGCAAGGAGAUCGUGAAACGUGCUCUUGAUGAUGCAGAGGAAGUCAGGAUCAAGAAACCCAGAACUACCAAUGCAAAAGGAAAAGAAAAAGAGCGAAGCUACGAUCAUUGGCCUCAAUAUUUUCACUCGCUUUUUGAGGUGUACAAGGCUCUAAAUACUGUGCUUGCUUUCGUCACGUCAAGAAAACAACUUGCAACAACAUUUCCUUCUAUCCGGUCCUCAGUCGAGAAUGUCACUAAGCAGCCCUUGGAAAUGUCUCAAGUAGCAGAGCUGAAAGCACUGUUACCUGAGAUCAUCACAUUUGCCUACGUCCCUCGCAAUCAAAUCCAAGUCAAUCUUUCCGUCAAGUCCAACGAUGAGCCUGAUUUCUCCGCGUUUUCGACUUCAAAAGAGUCAAGGCUUGGACUAACUAAAGAGCCAGAACAUGUGCUUCUCCUAGAGUUUGCGGAGAGCUGGAAAGGGACUUCAGGGGGGAGCAAAGCAAGCCCAAACGAAUAUUUUUUACCCGCGACACGAACACCAGCUGCUACAAAGAAGCUUGUAGAAAAGAGGAAUGACAGAUUUAUAAAAGCAGUAGAUGAAUUACUAGCAGCAACAUCAUCCGCUGACGAUCCGGUCUCCCUUUUACAAGCUGCAGCUCGUGAACAUAUACCUGUCGAUCCGGAACAUAUCAAACACCAUAUAUUUGUAGACGAGACGAUGCCUAUGCCCAUUCCAAACUCGGAAGAUCGUGCAUCAAUACAUGACAUCUUCGUCGAGCUUAAGAAGCAGCACUGGUAUCAAGAUCAGAUUGCUGAUCAUAGGAUAAUUGGAGCUCGAGAAGGCCAAACAGGAUCUUUGGACCCACCGCUAUCCGCUACCAUACAAAAAGCACUACAAAGCUCUAGGAACAUCACAUCUCUAUACUCCCACCAAACAGCAGCAAUCAGUGCCCUAGACUAUGGCAAGGACGUAAUUGUUUCUACUAGCACAGCGUCUGGUAAAAGUGUUAUCUACCAAGUUCCUCUCCUUCGGUUACUGGAAAAUGAUCGUCGUGUAACUGCUAUAUUUGUAUAUCCUACGAAAGCACUUGCUCAAGACCAAAAAACAGCAUUAGAAAACCUUUUGGGAACUUGUCCCGGUCUAGAGGAUAUACAGGUAUCCACAUAUGACGGAGACACUCCUACUGAACACAGAGCAGGAAUACGCGCCUCGGCUUCGGUGAUAUUCACAAAUUUUGAUAUGAUUCACGCUGCCAUUCUACCACAUGAAGAAUUAUGGAGAAGUUUUCUGAAGAACCUCAAACUCUUUGUCGCGGAUGAACUGCAUUACUACUCGGGAACUUUCGGAAGCCAUGUCGCUCUGAUUAUGCGCCGCUUCCGCAGGGUCUGUGCCGCCAUCGGAAACGACCACAUACGUUUCGUCUCAUGCAGCGCAACCAUCGCUAAUCCCCUCGCUCACAUGGUGAACAUCUUCGGCCUCCACCCUUCCGGAAUCCAAGUCGUUACCGAAGACGGCGCACCCACCGGUCUGAAGGAAUAUUUGAUCUGGCGUAGCCCGUACGUGGAUGAGCAUGAUCCGGCUCUUGGAAGACAGAGCAGUAUAGCAGAGGCUACCGCUUUGAUGAGAUUCCUCAUGAAACGGGGGAUUCGGGUGAUAUUGUUUUGUAAGAUUCGCAAAGUGUGCGAACUAGCUAUGAAGACCCUUCGGACUGAACUAAGCAGUGAAGGACGCCAUGAUAUAUUGGAAAGAGUUCAAGCCUAUCGAGGAGGAUACUCUGCGGAGGACCGAAGGCGAAUAGAACACGACGCAUUUACCGGUCAUCUCCUCGGGAUCAUCGCGACCAACGCACUCGAGUUAGGUGUGGAUAUUGGCGUACUAGAUGCCGUACUCAUGCUGGGAUUCCCUGUCACUCUUGCGAGUUUUCGACAACAAGCAGGGAGAGCAGGUCGACGCAAGCGUGACUCCCUCGCCGUUUUCAUUGCGGAAGGACUUCCAAUAGAUCAGUAUUACCUGAACAAUCCAAAUGAAUUAUUCGACAAAGAUACGGACGAUUUAAUAAUCGACCUUGACAACAAAAUUAUUCUAGAAGCUCAUCUCCAAUGCGCCGCUCAUGAAAUGCCAGUAUGCCUUGAAGACGAAAGAUAUUUUGGCCCCUUGUUCCAGGACAUUUGUCAAGUCAAACUCCACAAGGAUGAGGAUGGAUGGUAUCACCCUCAUAAUAAGUACUUGCCGUCUCCUUCAAAACAUAUUUCCAUUCGCGGCGUUCAAGAGGACAAAUACGUGCUGGUGGACGUUACGAAGUCAGUGGCAUACGCGAAAAUUUUAGAAGAAAUUGAGAUCUCUCGAGCCAUCUUUGAAGUUUAUGAAGGAGGCGUGUUCAUACACCAAGGACGACCUUUUAUUCUUCACUUAAGAGACGUGAACGCUUUACAGACGUAUCGCAUUCGGGAAAUCAAAGCUACGCCGCAUCGUGCCUAUUACGGACGUGUAGAAAUCUUUUGUCAAGUUUUCGGCUUUUACAAAAUGCGGCACAAUGUCAUCUUAGACGUCGUCGACGUCGAGUCAUGUCCUUGGAUUCAUGAGACAGUUGGACUGUGGAUGGACGUUCCAGAUCUCGUCUUACAAUUGUUGCGCGACAAACGUAUCAAGCCGGCCGCCGCCAUACAUUCUGCUGAGCAUGCCUUUCUAAACCGGUUCCCUCUGGCCUCAGAUAUUCGCACGGAAUGCAAAGCUGAAGAAAAGGAGUAUUUGAAGAAAGAAUCUCGCCGAAAACGGCCAGCGAGGUUGAUCAUGUACGAUCCAGUAGGGCACGGAAGCGGUGUUGCAGCGAAGGCCUUUGAGCAUGUGUCAGACAUAUUGCAAAGGGCCCGGGCUGCUAUCGAAAGUUGUGAAUGCGAGCUUGGGUGUACCAAAUGUAUCCUCAGUCCUUUGUGCAAAGAGGGAAACAUUGUGUCCUCUAAAACAGGCGCACUAGCUGUUCUGAAAGCCAUUCUCAACAUCGAAAUUGACCCCGAUAGCAUCCCGUUCGAAACUGACGACAGGGCAUUAUGUGGACAUGAUUCUAUCAUUAGCGUGUCUCCUGUCCACAAUAGAACAGCUCGAAAUGUACCUAUCGAAAGUGAUAGCAUUGUGGUAUAGUUUAUAAAAUCGUAUGUAUCCAUCUGUAAAAGAUAACAGAUCAGAAUCUUGACAGUGGGUCAAAAUUACCCCAGUCAUAUGUGGUUGGCUUGUUGGAUGGAUUCCGCAAAUAUUGAACAGGUUUCGACCGAGUAAGCAAACUGCUAAUCAUUUGGAGAAUUGUGCCAGGUCAACACAUACCCUCUACCAUUCCACGCGUGCCGUUCACUAGGUCUGAAUG